ACUUUGCUCAGUAACUUCAUGGACAAGAGACCUGGACCUUAUUUAGCUCAAAUGGUUUUUUUUUUUUUUUCGAGACUUUCACCUUCUAGAAAGUAAUUUAAAGAAAUAACUUAUUUUCCAUAUACUAAAGGAUGAAAUGUUUUGAUUUUUCAGAUAAGAAAAAAUAACAAUUAAACAGAUAAAUUUAUAACACUAAUAAGAACUUAAAUUUCUCAACUGAGAACUUUUUUAUUGGUAGAGAUUGAAAGAGAGAAUAUUCAAAUUUGGGUUACCAGAUGACUUUCAAUCGCUGGACCACAUUAGUUGAGGAAUUAUUAUUUUGCUGCUUAUAAGCUUGUUUAUGCAUUUGCUUCGUAGAGAAGUAUUUGACCUGAAGACACUUUCUAUUGUUUAUUUUUGUUACUUCCGCCCCCCACCCCAUCGGAACAUCCAUAGGCCAAAUGAAAUAAAGCAUAAAACUCAAAUUGAGGAAUGGGAUGCACGUCUAUCUUCUCACUACCCAUUUUCAGAAAUCAUUUGAUUCUUCUAAAUAAUAUAAUGAGGAAACAGAGUUUGUAUUCAACUAAUAUUUUUCUUUGAGAAUUUGUGUAAAAUGAGAGUUAAGAAGUCAUCAUCUAUUUGCUCUCUUCUAAGCCAACCCCCGACCAUGCUAACUACUGCACCUUAUUAUAUUCCUAAAACAUGCAAUCUGUAUUUACACGUUCUAGGAAUUUUUCAAUUAGUUUUAGGCAACUAAAGUUGAUUUUAGCCUUCUAGCUGCUAAUAAUUGCCAAAUAAGUCGCUAUUUAUAUGUCUAUGGAAUAAGUUUUUCCCCGAUAAGGUAAGUCUUGAAUUCCAUUUCUCCCCAUUUUUAGUUUAUCCAAAUAUAAAUCGAAUCUCUCAAGAAGGAUAAUUUCCCAUUAAAAUAAUUCAAAUCAUUUGUUGAUUCCUCCAUAAAAAUAUUGUAUUUCUCACGUACUCAAUACCCAUAUAGAAUAAAUAACCCCACUAACCCACUAAUGUUCAUGUCCAACUAAGACGCACUUCUACGUGUUCUUUGGUGAAAAACACUGCCAACUCUGUAACUGAGUCUUCGCGUUCCAUCUUUCUUCAUCUGAGCUCAUCCACGACCAGACGGCUGAUAGUUUUCAAUUUCUACGAUAAUGGCGACGUGGGUUUGCUCAAAUAAAGUGAUUCUUUUGGAAAGAAAAGCUUACAGAAGGGAAAGAUAAGCAUAGGAGAAGAAGAAACUGUUUGUAACGGUAAUCACCUGCAUCAAAUCAACUGCUCAAAUUCAAAUCCUGUGCACGUUAAAGGUAUGUUAAAGGAAUUUCAGACCGUUGCCUUGAAAUUUUCAAUUUUCUGUUUCAAAAAGGAGUUGAUAACUUUACCAAAGAAGGCUUUUACGUAUAAAUCUUCGGAGUUUUCAGCGAAUUAUUUGCGUUUCUGAUGACAAUAACGACCUGUGAGUAACCCCUUUUGCUUUUUGUAGCAACAAAGAUGAACAGUUCUUUUUCUUUUCUUUUAUUCUUCCAGAAGUAAAUAAAAUUCUGAAGAAUCCUAAAUUUCCACCAUUUUAUUUUGUUUCUCUAAUGAUCAAAAAGAGGCUCCAGUAACCACAUUUGUCACAAUUUCCUGAUUAUCUUUUCAGAGUAGAGACUUGAGCGAGCAGGCCUCCAUUGAUAAUUAUUACGCCUCAAAUGGAUACUUCAUCGAAUUAUGAUGAUAAUUCUGAUCAGGGUUAUCAUCCAUCACCUUCUUCUUUGGAUCAAACUGAAACUCCAAGGUUCUCAACAACCAGUGGCGAUUCUUUCUUGUUUCGCCGGGUUUAUUCACAGACCUCUGCCUUCUCUGACCCCACAGACGACAACAGCUAUUCUAGUGAACCUUCUCCUUGUCACUGGUCAGAAAACAGAUCCUCACCCCAUAAUCAGCCUGUUCUUGGAAGGCUAGCUAUGAAGCAAAGAAAGCAAAUAAUCGAUGAUCAUGAAUCAGUAGAUACAGAACUUGAGAUGAUGAAAGAAAGAUUCGCCAAGCUCUUGCUCGGUGAAGACAUGUCUGGAAGUGGCAAAGGCGUCUGUACGGCAGUCACAAUCUCAAAUUCCAUAACCAAUCUCUAUGCAACUGUAUUCGGACAGAAUUUGAGGUUGGAGCCACUGAAUCCUGAGAAAAAGGCUAUGUGGAAGAGAGAAAUGGAUUGUCUUCUUUCUGUUUGUGAUUACAUUGUAGAAUUUGUCCCAAAGUCGCAGAAUCUGAAAAAUGGAUCAGCUCUCGAGUUCAUGGAGACCAUACCACGUUCAGACAUUUAUAUCAACCUUCCCGCAUUAAGAAAGCUCGAUGCAAUGCUAAUUGAAAUACUGGACGGUUUCCAGGAAACAGAAUUCUGGUAUGCAGAACAGGGAAGCAUGUCAUCGAAUUCAACUCGUUCAGGUUCGUUUCGCAGAAUUAUUGUUCAGCGGAAAGAGGAGAAGUGGUGGGUGCCAGUUCCAUGUGUUCCUCCAGGUGGUGUCUCUGAGAAGUCAAGGAAGCACUUGAGACAUAAACGGGACUGUGCUAAUCAAAUUCACAAAGCAGCCAUGGCUAUAAAUAGUAGUGUUCUUGCUGAGAUGGAUAUUCCAGACACAUACAUGGCAUCUCUUCCUAAGAGUGGAAGAGCAAGUCUUGGGGACAUAAUUUACCGUUACAUGUCUGCAACAGACAAAUUUUCACCCGACCAUGUUCUCAACUGUCUCAAUGUAGCAUCAGAGCAUGAAGCACUUGAGCUUGCAGAUCGAGUAGAAGCUUCAAUGUACACAUGGAGGCGUAAAGCAUGCAUGAAUCAUUCAAAAUCAUCUUGGGAAAUGGUAAAAGAUCUAAUGUCCGACAUUGAUCGGACCGACAAAAAUCACGUUUUAGCAGAAAGAGCAGAGAGCUUGCUCUUCUGCUUGAAGCAGAGGUAUCCUGAACUUUCACAGACAUCCUUGGACACGUGCAAGAUACAGUACAAUAGAGAUGUGGGAAAAGCAAUUCUAGAGAGCUACUCAAGAGUUUUGGAAGGCCUAGCAUUCAACAUAGUUGCGUGGAUUGAAGAUGUUCAGUUUGUAGAUAAAUCUGUGAGAAAGCAAGGUCAUAAAUGAGUUCAAAAAUCAACAAGGGCUAUUUUAAUCCAGGAGGAGUUCUCAUACCACCAAUGAACAACUUUUGUAGAGAAGUUCUGUUUUGGCCAGCACUACCGUGAGUUCAAGUUGAUCAAUAUUUGAUACUAACAUUUCACAUAGCAAGAGUUUGGAGUCUUCAAUUUAACUGCCUAAAUCGUCGAUGACGGAAAAUUCCAUUGACAAACACGUAUAUUACUUUGACAAAAAUGUAAGCCAAUCUUUAUCGAUAAAACUAUCCUAAUGCACCCAGACAAAAUAGAAAAGUAUAACCUUCAAAUUAUUUAAGGUGAAAAUCACCUUCUCUUUAAGGCAAAAAGAGAAAGAGAGCAUCUUAGAGAUUCAUAUCCAACAGUAAGAACCAGACAGUAGGUUAAUGAUAUGUUGCUCACUCGGCUCAGAAAAUGUUGAACUGUAAAAGGUUAUUAAAUCUCAAAAAUCUGACUAUACUAUGAUUCUCAAAUUUCAAAGCCACAAAAAGGUAAGAGUAUGAAAUGCAAAACCACUACUGAUAAUUCUCGAGUCGAUAAGAAACAUUACAUGCUCCAUAGGCAGAGUAAGGCUCCAAGAAAAUGCAAGAACAGCAAGGCAUCUGAGUCGAGUUUCAGGGUAAGAUUACAAGUAGAGUAAAUUUAUAGUGUAACAUUGCAAAUCCAUUACCCAACGGAAAGACUUCUUUAAGGAAUCCCGGUAACGAAAGCUUUAACUCAAACACCGCUUCUACCUAGCAAAAUCAAACAUCCGAUCUCAUCCCCUCCCCAUGUUUGGAGUCGACGUACCCGCAUUAUAUGCUCUUUAUACUUAACAAAAAUAUAAGACACGCAUUCUGAUUCUAUCAUCCAACAUAAUCACCCUUCUGUUGUAAAUUAUAUUUCAUCUUGAA